GUCAGACAGCAUAUACAUUGAAUUAAGAUAUUUUGUGUACUGUACCAUUGUGUAUAUUGUGUUUGUAGUGUUGGUUCGAAUAUUUUUUUUUGGGAUUUUUUCACUGUGACAAUGGCUCAAGAAAGAUCCACCAAUAUCGGCUACAGCAUCGAUCAUUUGCUCGGAAAUAACUCACCACCAAAGGAAGUUCUGGAAGAGCCUGAAUCUCCAGUGUUGGAGGAGGAUGUAAACGAUGACAUGGACAGCAAUCGCCCACGUAAAAUUAGACGCUCCAGGACGACCUUCACGACUUUCCAGCUCCACCAAUUGGAAAGAUCCUUCGAAAAAACUCAGUACCCGGACGUUUUCACGAGGGAAGAGUUGGCCAUGAGGCUUGAUCUUAGCGAGGCCAGAGUUCAGGUCUGGUUCCAAAACCGCAGAGCAAAGUGGAGGAAGCGCGAGAAGGCCAUGGGCCGCGAAGUACCAUUCGUACCACCAAAUGAACAGGUUAGCAUGAUGGAAUACCCAUCCCUACACCCAUUGGGUCUAACGGAACAACAACAAUACUGGGCCCAGAUGUAUGGUUCUUUAUACCCAGCCGCUCUCCAAAUGUGGCCACCAAAAAUGCCACAACCCGUUGGAUUCCAUACUCUUCUCCACCGUUACGUUCUAGCUGGAGGAAUGCCGCCUUUGAACCUCGUGCCGCAAUCCAACGAUAGGUCGGGGAGUUCGAGUCCGGAAUCUGGCACCCAGUUGUCUCCCCAGUUAUCCCCAGCUGCCCUAGAAGCGUUUCGGAUGAGGACGGCUGAAAUAUUGGCGCCCAACCGCGUUGGUUGAAGACAAUAUAUCUCUAACUAUAAUAAAGUAGCGUUAAGUUGAAUUGUGAUAUAAAAUUUCGUAUUUAUUGACCAUGUAAAUAUAGUUUAAACCAAAGAGAUAAGGUAUUCAAGUAUAAGGUUAGAAACAAUUUAAUAAGUAGUUUUUGGCAAUGUUACCUGUGAUAGGAUAAUAAGCGAAUAUGAAAAUUGUUUCUAUAGCGUAAUCAAACGUGUAAAUAUUAUUGGAUAUGUAUGUAUGCUUUAACCCCCCGAUCGAUUUUUAGGCGUAGGUUACAAAAGAUGUAUUUAUUUGCGUAUGACUUUU